CUAAAGAAGGAUUCACGCCCCCAUCCUCUCCUCAUCUCUUCUGCUUUCAACCCCUAGCAUGCCGUCCUCCCGCUCCACUAGAGAAGGGAAGAUAUUCCCCCAGAAAGAGAGGGACGGAGUGACUAGGACAAGUCGGGGGAGCAGAGCCGGGAGGCAGCUACUGAGCCUCCUAGGCUUGACCUCCUUCUGCAGCUGUCCAGCGCUCGGGCCGUUCGGGUAGGACCUUGGAACUCAAGAGCCGGGGUGGGCUGCUCCCCGGAGACCGGCGCCCUCGCGCCCACUCCGUAGUCCCACCCGUGGGACGGGUAUCUGAGCUUGGGUCUGCUCCUCCCUAGAGAGAGGGACAGCUUUCAGGUUUGUUUGAGGCGUGUUUGGGAUGUUGGAAGCUUACGGGCAUCCUGUGUGGAAGAGAAGUCUAAGGGAGAUGAGCAGGAGAAUGAGCGACUGUGUAUUAAAAAUGGGAGACUCCGAGACCGAAUCUUGUCCACCCACGGGAGUCCUCCUGAAAUCGAGGUGCUAAAAUGCAGUGAGUGACCAGAGAGUAGAAGAAGAGGACUAAGUAACACAGCUGGCCAAUCCAGAAACAGAGCAUGUCUACAGCACCUGAAGAAUUGAGAGUUUGUUGUAUAUUAAACAAGUCUCUCUGUUUAGUCACUACUAAGAGCUUAGUAUGUGAUUGACCUAUUGGUAAAUCAUUGGCUCCCUUCACUCCAAGAUCCUAAGAAAAAGUAAUAUGUCUAGUCCAUGAAUACUUAGUAUUGGAAGACUAGUUUUGUGUAAUCAAAUUCUGCUUUCUCCUCAACAUUUUUUGCAGGAUGGAACUGAAAGAAGGAAAUCGGCUGACACAGGAGCCCGAGUGAGACCUACACUCCUUUCUGAAACCAACACCAUGGAUUUGCAUCUUCCUUUGGUGCUUUAAGAUCCAACCCAAGGAAAGAAGCAGCUCCUUGGGAGCCAUGGCUUUCUUUGCUCCAUGGAAGUUAUCCUCUCAGAAACUAGGGUUUUUCCUGGUGACUUUUGGCUUUAUUUGGGGUAUGAUGCUUCUGCAUUUUACCAUCCAGCAACGAACUCAACAUGAAAGCAGCUCAAUGCUUCGUGAACAAAUAUUGGACCUCAGCAAAAGGUACAUCAAAGCUCUGGCAGAAGAAAAUAGGAAUGUGGUGGAUGGACCCUAUGUUGGUGUGAUGACAGCUUAUGAUCUGAAGAAAACUCUUGCUGUCUUAUUGGACAAUAUUUUGCAACGUAUUGGCAAGUUGGAAUCGAAGGUGGACAAUCUUGUGAUCAAUGGCACUGGAGCAAAUUCAACUAAUACCACCACAACCGCUGUUCCCAGCAGUAUAGCAGCAUUUGAGAAAAUUAGUGUAGCAGAUAUAAUUAAUGGAGCUCAAGAAAAAUGUGAAUUGCCUCCUAUGGAUGGCUUCCCACACUGCGAAGGGAAAAUCAAGUGGAUGAAAGAUAUGUGGAGAACAGAUCCCUGCUACGCAAAUUAUGGUGUGGAUGGAUCCACGUGCUCUUUUUUUAUUUACCUCAGUGAGGUUGAAAAUUGGUGUCCUCAUUUACCUUGGAGAGCAAAAAAUCCCUAUGAAGAACCAGAUCAGAAUUCAAUGGCUGAAAUUCGUACGGAUUUUCACCUACUCUAUGGAAUGAUGAAACGGCAUGAAGAAUUCCGAUGGAUGAUACUAAGGAUCCGAAGAAUGGCUGAUGCAUGGAUUGAAGCAAUUAAAUCACUGGCAGAAAAGCAAAACCUUGAAAAGAGAAAAAGGAAAAAAAUUCUCGUUCAUCUGGGACUCCUGACCAAGGAAUCUGGCUUCAAGAUUGCAGAGAAUGCAUUUAGUGGAGGCCCACUUGGUGAAUUAGUUCAGUGGAGUGAUUUAAUUACAUCUCUCUACUUACUGGGCCAUGACAUUAGGAUUUCGGCUUCACUGGCUGAGCUCAAGGAGAUAAUGAAGAGGGUGGUAGGUAAUAGAUCUGGCUGUCCAACUGUUGGUGACAGGAUUGUGGAACUCAUUUAUAUUGAUAUCGUGGGACUUGCUCAAUUUAAGAAAACUCUUGGCCCUUCCUGGGUUCAUUACCAGUGCAUGCUCCGUGUACUGGAUUCAUUUGGUACUGAACCAGAAUUUAAUCAUGCUAAUUAUGCCCAGUCUAAAGGUCACAAGACCCCAUGGGGAAAAUGGAACCUUAAUCCUCAACAAUUUUAUACAAUGUUCCCUCACACACCAGACAACAGUUUUCUGGGAUUUGUGGUAGAACAGCACCUGAAUUCAAGUGAUAUCAAGCACAUUAAUGAAAUCAAAAGGCAAAAUCAGUCCCUUGUAUAUGGCAAAGUUGAUAACUUCUGGAAGAAUAAGAAGGAGUACUUGGACAUCAUUCACACAUACAUGGAAGUACAUGCAACUGUUUAUGGAUCUAGCACUAACCACAUGCCAAGCUAUGUGAAGAAUCAUGGAAUCCUCAGUGGACGAGAUUUACAGUUUCUUCUCAGAGAAACCAAGUUGUUUGUCGGACUGGGGUUCCCAUAUGAGGGUCCAGCUCCCCUUGAGGCUAUCGCUAAUGGAUGUGCAUUCCUGAAUGUCAAAUUUAACCCACCAAAAAGCAGCAAAAACACGGACUUUUUUAUAGGCAAACCAACCUUGAGAGAGCUAACUUCUCAGCAUCCUUAUGCUGAAGUUUUCAUUGGGCGACCACAUGUCUGGACUGUGAACCCAACUGAUCAUCGUGAAGUAGAGAAUGCAGUAAAAGCAAUUUUAAAUCAAAAGAUUGAACCUUACAUGCCAUACGAGUUCACAUGUGAAGGGAUGCUGCAAAGGAUGAAUGCAUUUAUUGAGAAACAGGAUUUCUGUCAUGGACAAGUUAUGUGGCCACCACUUAGUGCUCUGCAGGUGAAGCUCUCUGAACCUGGGAAAUCAUGCAAACAAGUCUGCCAAGAAAACCAACUCAUCUGUGAGCCAUCUUUCUUCCAACACCUCAACAAGGACAAGGAUGUGCUCAAGUACGAGGUGGUGUGCCACACAACAGAACUGGCCAAUGACAUCCUGGUGCCCUCCUAUGAUGACAGGAAAAAACAUUGUGUGUUUCAAGGUGAUCUGUUGCUGUUCAGCUGUGCAGGAGCCCACCCCAAGCACAAGAGAAUAUGCCCUUGCAGGGACUAUAUCAAAGGCCAAGUAGCUCUCUGUCAAGACUGCCUAUAGCAGCACAAGCCCUGGGCCCCAACUGAUUCAGCUGGGAAGGAACGUGGCUAGGGGCAGGGAGGGAGAAAGUAGUACAAGGACUGGCCCUACUACCAGAACUCUUUGGCCUUUUAGUUUAGAUUUUGUUUUUGCUACGGACGGAUUUCAAACAAUAAUGAAGUUCUAACGGGCAACAAAAUAGAGACAGACAGUGCAGUGGACUGACUUCUUCAUGUUUGGGAUUUUUAAAAAAAACCUUCAGUGAGCAACUGUGGUGAGACUCCUACAGAACCAUCCAGCUGCUCUUGGGUAAAAAUAAAUGAAGUUCCAUGCUUCAUAAAAAAAAAAAAAAAAAAAAAAAAAAAAGUUAAGAUAAUUAUGAAGAAUCUUGUGUGGGAAAAAUUCCUAAAUCCAUUAACUUAUUUAUUUGUGGGAGGGUUAGGGAGGGUUAGGGAAGGAAGGGAAUGAAUAAUGCAUUUUUUUUUCCUUCAACUGUCCAUCUUCCACUUUCACUAAAUAGCAUUCCAGUGGAGUUUGGGAUGGCAGAGGAAGGGAAGGAAUUGCCAAGAUUUUGAUGUACAGCUGUAGUCAGGGAAUUAGAUUGAGAGGAACACUGUAAAGGUUCCCAAAGAGUGACAAAUUGUAAAAACAGACAAGUCUUUGCUGUUUAAAACCAAAUGGUACACUCCAAGGCGUCAGUCUGCUCUUCUGGACAUCUCUUCCACAAAAGUGAAAGAGAUGGUUCAGGCAAAUGAGAAAAGCAUUAGUUUUAUGUUUGAGAUUAGCAGUGCUUGGGGAGUGCCCCAUGGUCUAGAGCCCAAACCCAUCAGGUGGUGCAAAUUUACCAGAGAAAGAUCUCUCUUCUUCAGCUCCAGUAAUAUAUACACACAUAUAUAUAUAUAUAACAAUACAAGGAAUCAAUGUUGUAUCAAUAAUAUUAAUGUUAGUUUGCCAGUCUGCCAUACUUUCCCUUCACCUAAAAUUUACUAGAUAGAGUGGGAGAGGAGAAGGUUUUUGAAACUAAAAAAUCCACCCUAAGACUUUAUGACCGACUAGCCUUUGGCUUUGAGGGAAGUAGUUGAUGUGAAAUCACACGGAGGGAGGAGUUACGUUAUGACAUCAAGAAAGAAAAGAAUGUGUUUACUCCUCCCGAUCACGACAUAUUCUAAAGAUUUAGGUUGGGCGAUAUUUCCCCUUAGCAUCUAGUAUUACAACGCAAGGGAAAGAAGAAAGACAGGACAAUGAUUGUAAAUCAUUCCACCCGAGUCUUCACUUUGGGGAGUUCUUGAAUGGUGGGAUUUUGUUUUGCUUUUAUGAAUCAAGCAAGGAUCCUUGUGGAAGCUUGUCGCGAAGCCGAGAGGAAAGGAUGAAUGAAUAGCCUAGAGGUGACUUAGCCUGUCUGUAUCUAGGAGGGCUUCACCCGAUUCAGCCCUAGGAACCUCCUCUCAUCCAGAAAUUCAGUCUGUUCAGCCCUUUAUCACGCUGUUGGCUGUUUUGAUUAACUUAUCCGUUCCCUAAAAAAGCCACCAGCCUCUCUGAAUUGGGGCUGGGAAGGAAGAUGGUCCCCGGUUCCCCCCUUCUCAGAAUUAGCUACGGCCCCACAGAGUUCUGGGGACUCCCACGUGGCUGGCCGACAGUUUAGUGUCUAAAACAAAGCGCUGUUGAAUUUGUGUUUCCCGGUGGGAAGGGGAAAGAGUUGAAAUGUAUUUUGUCAGAGGAGAACGGACCUUGGGAACGUCGCCGGAUGCUGCUUCCCUCGCUCCCCUUCCCCAGCCGAGCGCUAAGAGUUCUAAGCACAACAAGGGGCUUUUCUUUGGGACGUGGCCGUCCUUGCCGCCCAGAUUUUAGAAACAGUACUCGGGUCAUUCCGGGAGGCUCGGCUUCUGCCCAGCCGCCGCCGCCGCUGCGGGGGUCUGUAGAACCGGAGACAAAAAAGGGGAGGGGCCCUCGCUGACGAGCCUCUGGGCGCGCAAAGUUUGAUUCUCUCCGCCUUUGCGACCCCGUUCCUGCUCCGCGCCCGGCCCGGGCUGCGCAGAAUCCGUCCGCCUGGCCGGGGCAGCCACCGGGAAGCGGUCCCCGCCCUCGGCCGGAACGGAGGCGCGUCAGGGCCGCGCGCGCGGGGGGCUCUGGGAUCGUCCCUCGGCAUCGGUGUCCCGGCCUUUGGCGGGGGGGGGGGGUCUGUGCAGGCCCGUCGCCUACGUCGGGAAGGGCGGCCUCCCGCUGGCUAUCUGCUGCUUGCCCGGCUCGCCCCCGCCGGUCCCCCGCCCGGAGACGAGCGGACACUGCCACCUAGUGAGCGGCCUCUGCCAGAAGCCAGGAGCCGCCGGGCUGCGCGGGGCCGGCAGAGGGAGCCCCGCGGGCCGGAGCCGGCGCGGGCCGGAGCCGGCGCGCGGCCGCCGUGGCGCCCCGGGCUGCCCGCGGGGCUCCGUCCUGCGCUGGGGAGGAAGCGCCGCCAGAGCGGGCCGCUGCGGCUCCCAAAAUCCUGACGUGGAACGGCUCCGUCCCUUUUUUUGCUCCCCAACCACACACUGGGCGUGGGUCUGAGAGGAGAUUUCCCGCCCUCUCUUUGUGUCUCCCCGCGGAGCGUUACAGCCGAGAGCCCCAGUCCGCCCAGGCCGCAGGCGGGGCCCGCUCCGCCGCUUAGUGACCUCGGGCAGCCUUCUCCGUCCGACUGGCGCCCAGUCCUCGAACUACCUACCUCCCAGCGUUGUUGUGAGGCCCCGCUCUGUCAGCUGCCCGGGAGCCUGGGGUCGGCCUGCCAGCGCCCGAGGCGCUUCCCCGCCCGGGCGGGAGAUUCGCACCCAGGCCCCCCGGGGAGGCCCGCGCCGAGCUCCGGAGACUCGGACGCGGUCACUUGGCCGUUCUGUUCCUUCCCUUCCUCCCCUCCCCUCUGGAAUAGGCAAAGGGGUUGGCUUAUGUUGUAAGGGGCAGCGCAGCCCUUGGGGAGGGACAGUCAGAAGGGCCUGGUCACACACACACACACACACACACACACACACACACACACACCCUUUUGGUCAGGGAGUUCUCAGAUCCCUGCCCUUAACCGCAGCGUCGGUGCCAAUUGCGGGCCCAGAUGGACUCCUGAGCAACUUUGUAGUCAUUGAUAACGCGUGUCGGGGGGAGGGGGGAAGGGAUGCAAACCCCUGAGCAUAACCGAUGUUACCCCAAGCUGUAAGCGGAGCUCUCCUAGACUUUUCCUUUCCGUUUUUUGUACCUUUUUUGUUCCGAGUGACUUCUGGUUUUUUUCAUGGUGAUCCUAGGAUCUUAGGAAAUUUAAGGGAAAAAAUUAACAUAAUUUAUUAAAGAUGGUUAACAGAAAAAAAAAAAAAGUUUACCUUUGAAAGGUAAAAUGGAGAAAUAGACACUGUUUUUAAAUGCCAAUAAAAACCUCAUUUAUUUCAUAUAUGCAACUUGAUUUGCACAUUUAUGAAGAGGCUUUCUGCAUUUUUACUUAGGUUUUUUGGUUGCUGCUGCUGCUGCCCAUCACUUGUUCCUUUCUUGAACGUGGCCUCGUGCUUAGAAAUGUCAGAUUCUGUUUCCUAGGCUGUAUUUAUUGUUUAAAUCAUGUGCCUUUUCAUUUUUCUUUGGGGUUCUAUGUUGGGAGCCAGAUGCUAUUUGAAGGAGUAUAAUGGAACACCAGUUCUGCCACAUGACUCUACCUUGUUCUAAAUGUAGAUAUAUGUAGCGUGUGUUCUUCAAAACGCCCUUUGUGUCCCCACAAAUGAACAAAGAAGGGAAAAAAAUAAUAUGUGAGAAAAAUGGAUUGUCAUCAUUCUUUCCAAAUGUUCACUCUCUGUGGCUUCCCUUUGGUUAAAUAUCCUCAUCAAGAGAACCUUGAGUGAGAAAGUGGAGUUCAUAUCCAAUUCUCAAUCUCCUGGGGAAGGGACGCAGAAGGGGUAACUCACACAGCCCUCCAGGGGAUCAAAGCAUGAGCCUUAUAAAAUGGCUACUGUGAGUGGAUUGGCAUUAAAAGAUCAACCUCAGAUCUACUAAGAUUUUCAAAGUUUGGCUGUAAGAUAUUAGCUUGUUGGCUACAUAAUAGGAAAAAAGGAGAAUAAUUUCCGGGGUAAGGGGAUGUUAUUUUUAAAUAUUUGCAAGACCCAAGGAAAGAGUGAUUUUUUUUUUUUAAAUUAGAAGUGGAGAUGAAGUUUAGAAGAAUACUAAAGAGUUAAGGGUCUAGCUGAAAAUGUUUACAAUUACAUGAUCUUUAAACAAGACCAAUUUAAGUCAUUCUCCUGGGGACUAUUUCUAAAGGCCUGGCUGGUUUUCCUCAACAUUUUAUCCUCUCUCACAAUACUAGGUUGUGGCUAAACCUGGGAGAGAAACUUUGGCUUUCCCCAUAAAUGUAUAGGGGUUUGUUUUCAUGAAAAAUUCUCAAUUGUUAGACAAUUGCUUAUUUUUUUUUUUUUUAACGACAGGCUCUAUUGUGUAUGUUUCUAUCCUAAGCCUGGAUUAUUUUAUUUAUUAAUUAAAAGCAUAUUUAAGUUCAUUUACCAGCUUUCUUCAAGCCCCAUCCAUUCUUGUAUGGCUAUAAAGCAUCUCCAUUGGAAGAGACAAACAAAUGGAAAUAGAUUCUCAUGUAAUUUGAGAAGCUAGCAAUUUCUCACAGCUGAAGUAAACUGUCUUUGAUUAUUGUUGGCACCAAGGGAAAUGGAAAACCAGAUUUUUCAAUGGCUAAAAGGCCACAUUUUCUCUGUGGUUCAUUCCAAAAAGCUAUAUAGGACCAAGUGAUUCCUUAACACUAAAGGCUCUUCCAUAACAUUAAAUACAAUAACGAUAAAUACACUCCAUAUAUAUUAAUCUGGAAGUGUCUAAAUAAAAUGAAAUACUAUUCUUGACUGACUUAGUAGGGAUUAUCCAUCUAGAUUGCCCUAAGUCCUUGACUUUGCUAAUAUAAAUUCUAACUGAGGGGUUUCUAAUACUUUGUGACCUGAAACAGGUUGGUUCGCUUGAAAUAUUUAGCUUAUCAACCCUAAAUGAAACAAGAACUUAGGGAUGGGUCUCUCUUGUACACAGCUAGACUCUCAUCCAUAAGCUGUUUUCAAAACCAUUUUUGCAAAUUUUUCUUUAAUCUUUAAAGUGUCCUCUGCCUUGUAGAAAUUGUAUAUUGAAUGAAAAGCAUCUUUUCAGUCAAUGCUGAUUUAGCUUUCCCUGCUGAAUUUCAAAUAAAUGAGACUUUAUUAUAUUUCGGAUUUUCAAUAUAGAGAUGAUCUCUUUCUCCCUGCUUUCUAGGGUAUCCCACUGCCCCCUGCUGGAUGGGGGGAAUCCAUAAGUACCCAGUAUAAGAAGUCAUAUUAUCACCAUAAUUGGAUUCUAGGUUGUUUGUCAUCUCAUGGUCUUGGCACCAAACUUAAGGAAACUAAAGUUUUGUUUGUAGUUGCUCAGGUCCCAAGGAGACUGGAUUCUGGAAAUUGCCCUUAAAGGUGGUACAAUUAUAAUGUUGGAUGUUACCUCUCCAAAGCAUAGUUCCAAAUAGGUCAAGAACUGGACAAGGUUAUUAACAUUCUUUAAAAAAUAAAAUCAGUUGUUAUUGAGAUGCCAGUUCAUUUUUUCUCCCUGUUUUCUAGAUUUUCCUUAUCUGAUAAAUCUGCCUGCUAAUGCUCAUGAACGAACAUCUAGAUUUUAAAAGUUAUUUCUGUUUCAGGCUCCACCUCAUAUGAUUAUAAUUAAAUGAUAUAGAAACACCAGUUAAUCCCUUGAUAUAAAAACCUUGACAGCAUCUUCAACUGAAUGGACAUUUUCGUACUCUGUACUCCAUCCCAACCUUGAACUUGGGCAGUCAGCCCAACCCACUGGAUGGGGAUUUGUAGGCAAGUGAAGGUAUCGUCUCUAGAUACCAAAAGGGGAGCCACAUUUAAUUUUAAAAGGAUAUCAGAAAAUUAAUAUCUGGUAUUGCCAAUUUUACCUUUGUAAAUGGUGCUUUUAGUAGAAUGGGGGAGAGGAGAAAGAUAUCUAAGUCAAAAAUGUUAUGGGCAAAGGCUUGUAAUUGAGGCACAAUGAAGAACCCUUAGUCUAAAGGGGGUCUAGCUAGAUGAAAUUCUGUCAUCCAUCUCCAUGUACCUCAGAAUCAACUGAUAUCAGUCAUAGGUAGCAAACUACAAAACAGCUGGAAUCCAUGAAAUUUGGGGGUUUGUUUUUCUUUUUAACCAGUCUGCCCAGAUAUUAAAAGCAAUGGGUUUGUGAUGCCAAAGGAUGUAACAUCCCUUCCACUAUAGUUUGAAUUCAUAACCUUGAUACUUUUAAGCUUAGUUUAAAUAUGCAGACUGGUGUGUUCCACUAUACUCUUUAAGCAGCUCACAGCUCACCAAAUACUGGUUACAACUAUUUCCUAUUGUUCAGUUCCUGAGGUUUAAUAGUCCGGGAUUCUAAAAAUAAGGUGUAAAUGUCUGAAUGUACUUUACUGGCAUAGAAAGCAAUGCUUGUUUUUCACUGUUGUAGAGAAAACUAGGGAGAACUUUAUUUUUCAAUAAACUUUUUUCUUGUGUGA